AUGGCAAAUAACGCAGGAAAUCCAAAUAUGGAGUUAUUAAUUCCUAUGAUCAAUCAACUACAACAUAUAUUUACAUCAGUUAAUGCCAAAUUGACAUUAACACUGCCACAAAUAGCCGUUGUUGGUGCUCAAUCUGCUGGUAAAAGUUCUGUACUUGAAAAUAUUGUCGGACGAGAUUUUCUGCCUCGUGGUGGCAAUAUGGUUACAAAACGACCACUCGUACUGCAACUGAUAACAUCACAAGGCCAAGAAUAUGCUGUAUUUGGCCAUAAACCACAACAAAGAUUUAUAAAUUAUGCUGACGUUCGAGCUGAAAUCGAAAAUGAUACUAAAGCUGUUGUACGAGAUAACAUGGGAGUAUCGAGUUUACCUAUUAAUUUAACGAUUUUUUCACCACACGUUGUAAAUCUCACUCUGGUUGAUUUACCAGGCAUGGUGAAAGUUGCAGCUCAAGGACAACCUGCUGAUAUUGUGAAAAAAAUCGAUGAUAUUAUUCUUGAAUAUAUAAGCAAUGAAAAUUGUCUUAUUCUAGCUGUUACACCAGCUAAUAUUGAUCUUGUUACUUCCGAUGCCUUAGUUAUGGCUCGUAGUCGAGAUCCAAUGGGUAAACGUACUAUUGGUGUGUUAACUAAACUUGAUAUGAUGGGCAAAGGAUAUAAUGCUCGUGAAGUACUUUUGAAUAAAGUUGUUGUUCUUGAACGAGGUUUUAUUGGUGUUGUGCUUCGUGGUCAACGAGUCGAUGACUUUGGGCGAACAUCAAAAGAACUUGACAUUCCAGGAGCACUAGAAAAUGAACGUCAAUUUUUUCAAAAUGAUCCAGCAUAUCGUGAUAUUGCUGAUCGAUUGGGUGUACCAUAUCUACAGCGUUCACUUAGUCUUCAGUUGACUGACCAUAUUCUUAAAUGUUUACCUGAGCUACAACGAGAAUUACAAUCCCGAUAUCGUGAUUUAUCAAAAGAAGUUGCUGAAUAUCAAGCAUCAGCUAUGUUUGAGACUUCAUCAACUUUUGAUACAAAAGCACUUGUCGGAUUAGCACAUGAACUACAUGAAAAUUUUGAUACAGCACUACAAGGUACACAUUUAAAAGAAUCUGACUUAAAAACAUUAACUGGUGGUGCACGUAUUGCGAACAUAUUUCGUGAACGCUUUCCAUUUGAAUUAGUUAAAACUGAAUUACAAGAUAAAGAUAUGCGUAAUCAAACAAUAGUUGCAAUAAAAAAUAUUCGUGGUUUUCGAGCGGGUUUAUUCACUCCCGAUGAAGCAUUUGAAUAUAUUGUACAAAUGCAAAUAUCUAAGUUUGAAGAUCCGGUUAUGAAAUGUGUUGAUAUGGUUGUAUCAGAAUUACUUUCUAUUAUUCAUGAAGCAACUAAUAAAAUGAAACGUUAUCCACUGUUAAAACAAGCUACAGAAGAAUUAUUAACGCAAUACCUUCGCGAGCGAGAAUAUGCAACUAAACAAGCUUGUUCAGCAUAUGUUCAAACUCAAUUGUCAUAUAUUAAUACCAAUAAUGAAGAUUUUAUUGGAUUUGCAGGAGCAGAGAAAUCAGUUAGUGCUGGCGAAGCUAAACGAACUGUUACCAAUCAGGUUAUCCGUAAAGGAUUCCUUCGUGUUCAUACGGGUGUUAAAUUAUUUCAAGCAAAAGAUUAUUUUUUUGUCCUAUCAACAGAUAAUCUUUCUUGGUUUACAGAUUCUGAUGAAAAAGACAAAAAAUAUAUGUUACCUUUAGAAAAUCUUAAAAUUCGUGAUGUUGAAGGUGGUUUUAUGGCUAAGCGACCACAAUUCGCAAUAUUUAAUAUUGAUUCAAAAAAUGUUUUUAAAGAACAUAAAACUCUCGAAUUAUCAGUUGAUAACACUGAUGAACUCGAUACAUGGAAAGCUUCAUUUUUACGUGCUGGUGUAUAUCCAGAACGUGAACAACCAUCAGAAGAUACACAAGCAACUGCUGAAGUUGGUCCUGUUGAUCCACAUAUGGAACGACAAGUCGAAACAAUAAAUAAAUUAGUAACAUCAUAUAUGCAAAUUGUUGCCAAAAUGACACGCGAUUACAUUCCAAAAACAAUUAUGUAUCAUAUUGUUCAAAAUUUACAAAAAUUUGUGGCUAAAGAAUUAUUAGCACAUCUUUAUGCUGUCCCCGAUCCAAAAGCACUAUUACAAGAAUCCGAAGAAGAAAAACAACGGCGCCAAUCAAAACUUGCUGAAUUCGAAGCAAUCAAGAAUGCUUUGAAUAUAAUCGAAAAUUUCCAAAUCAAUGCACGAAAAGUAGUUGGAUCAGCUAUGCCUGCAUCGGUAUUGUCAACUGGAUUCUCAACUAAUUCGAGUCAUUUUGGAGGCUUUCCAUCAUCGUCGGGCUAUUCAAGUAGUCCACUUGAUCCUCCUUAUUAUCAAUCAUCAUCGGGAUUUAACCGUCCACCCAGUCCGAAUCCUCAGCGGAAACAGCAGGCGCCUAUGCCAUCUGUGAAUUCAUUUUCAACACGUGAACCUCCACCACCACCACCACCUCCACUUCGUCCAAGUCCGAUACCUAUUGGAUUUGGUGCAAAUACAUCAAAUCUACCAGCACCCAUUAUGCCACAGCCUACCUCAAAUCAUAAACCUACGCCAAUUUCAUCAUCAAAUAAUAAUAAUAUAUUCUCGGAAUUAAAUUCAAAAUUGGCCAGACAAGUAGCGCGCGCUCAGAGUUCAACAUUACCGUCAUCAGCAUCAGCAUCGCAAUUAUCAUCUAAUAUGUUGCACGGAUUAGAUCCGUUUGCUACACCUGUAACUACAUCUCAGUAUCAGAAUGGCACUUCAACUCCUCCAAUACCAGCUCGUCCAACACCAUCCAUUCCACCACGACCGUUCGAACGGCCGCCAGUUCCCCAACGAAAUUAG